AUUUUCUCAGGGCAAAAAAACUUCAAACACCUUCUCAAUUAAACUCCAACCAUGGCGAUCAUAAUCAAAACCAUCCCAAUCUUCUCCUUCGUCCUCAUAACACUCUUCUUCGCGUCCACAGCCAGAGCCGCCAUGUUCAACAUCUCAAACAACUGCUCCUACACCGUGUGGGCAGCUGCCAUCCCCGGCGGAGGCAGAAGGCUCAACUCCGGCGAAAUCUGGGCCCUCGACAUGGCAGCCGGAACCUCUAAGGCUCGCAUCUGGCCACGAACCAACUGCAGCUUCGACGAAUCGGGACGGGGGACGUGUCUCACCGGAGACUGCGGCGGCCUCCUCGAGUGCAACCAAACCGGUACGCCUCCAAACACACUUGCUGAAUUCUCGUUGAAUCAAUACAACAACAUGGAUUUCUUCGAUAUUUCAUUGGUGGAUGGGUUCAACGUACCGUUGGAGAUCAGUCCAAACUCUACCGCCUGCAACAACACGAUCCGGUGCACCGGCGACGUCGCCGAUCAGUGCCCCCGGGAAUUGAAGGUUGCCGGAGGGUGUCAGAAUCCUUGCACAGUGUUUGGGUCGGAUCAAUAUUGUUGUACUUCAGGUUCAAGGAACUGUACGGCCACUACGUAUUCCAAGUUCUUUAAGGAUAGGUGCCCUGCUGCUUACAGUUACCCCAUGGAUGAUCCAACAAGCACCUUCACUUGCCCAGGAGGAACCAGCUAUAACGUUGUGUUUUGUCCUUGAACAUGGUUUAUUUCUUGGGGAAAAAAAAUUACACCUAGAGAUUUCAUAUCGUUAAACAUUUAUUUUAAAUGAUUUUAAAAAGUCAGAGUGUUUUUUUCUAAGAAUUAAAUUGAGUUAUAUUAUCUUCAUUCUGGGGAAAAAAUGACUUUGAAUAUCUUUUUAAAUAUGCUCAAUAAUAAAUUUUAUUGUACAAUAAUUAUUCCGAUUUUUAAAAUCAUUUAAUCUAACUUUUUGAAGAUAUGAGUUUUUAUAUUUUAUUUUCAUUUCAUUUCCUUUGAUUUUUAGUAUAUUUGUGAUUAGUAUACAUUGUUGUUUCUAUGAUUAUUAUGUAGCUGGAAAAUACAAAUAAAGGGCUUUGCAGGCACAUCUAGAAUGUGAUCUAGAUUAUCUCUUUUGUCCUGGUUGAACUUUUAUUAUAAUAAUAAAUGAGAUUAUUAUAAUAAAUUGCUUAUCACACAUGCAUGAAGCAUAUAGUAUUUGUCAACGUUCAUAUCAUCUUUAUGUUGAAAUUUAUAUCUUUGACUAUCUCCAUUUGUCGGGCUGGUCCACUUUAUAAAAUAUGCUUCAUAUACCUUA